CGAGAGAGAGAGAGCGGGCGAGCGAGAGAGAGAGAGCGGGCGAGCGAGAGAGAGAGAGCGGGCGAGCGAGAGAGAGAGAGCGAGCUGGGGCUGGAUUGGAGCUGCCUGGGCCCACAGACAAAACCAGAGGAAACCUGACAGAAAACGGAUUUACAUUCCCCACGCGUUCUUCCCGACGAGUUCAGCCAGGGAACGUGGUUGUUUCCGAGUGCGCUUCUUGUGCGCCCGAGGCCGAGCUGUCAGCAGUAACUUAAAGAGGGACUCGAUGAAAGAUGACGGAGGAGGUGAUUGUUGUAGCCAAGUGGGACUACACCGCUCAGCAGGACCAGGAACUUGACAUCCGGAAAAAUGAGCGCCUAUGGCUCCUGGAUGACUCCAAGACAUGGUGGAGAGUGCGCAAUGCCUCCAACCGCACAGGCUACGUCCCAUCCAACUAUGUAGAGCGCAAGAAUAGCCUGAAAAAAGCUUCACUGGUGAAGAACUUGAAGGAUACCCUUGGCCUCGGCAAAACAAAAAGGAAGACGAGUGCUCGGGAUGCCUCUCCCACACCCAGCACAGAUGCGGAGUACCCUUCCAAUGGAAGUGCAGGAGGAGGUGGAGUGGGAGGAGCAGAGCGGAUCUAUGACCUAAACAUUCCUGCGGUGGUAAAAUUCUCUUACACCGCUGAACGAGAUGACGAGCUCAGCCUGGCCAAAGGAGACCGGGUGGUGGUCAUGGAGAAGUGCAGCGACGGCUGGUGGAGGGGCAGCCACGCUGGCCAAGUUGGCUGGUUCCCGUCCAACUAUGUCCGAGAGGAGGUGGGGUAUGGGGAUGUGGAUGGAAAUUUCACAGACUCGUUUGGGGGUGUCCGCUCUCUGAGGGUGGGGCAGGCAGCGGCAGUGGCUAACGGGAGGCAGGGAGGUGUGGGGGGCUCAGUCCUUCACUUGGUCCAGACUCUGUACCCCUUCAGCUCAGUGACUGACGAGGAGCUGAACUUUGAGAAGGGCGAAACCAUGGAGGUGGUGGAGAAGCCAGAGAACGACCCAGAGUGGUGGAGGUGUAAGAACAGCAGGGGAGUAGUGGGCCUGGUGCCCAAGAACUAUGUGGUGGUCCUCAGUGAUGGGCCAGCUGCCAGAGGCCCUUCCUCAGGGCCCAGGUCUCCACACAUUGGCCACAUGGGGCCCUCACGCACAGGCAAGUUUGCUGGCAAGGAUUGGUACUAUGGCAAUGUGACACGGCACCAGGCGGAGUGUGUGCUCAAUGAGCGGGGAGUGGAGGGAGACUUCCUUAUAAGAGACAGCGAGUCAUCGCCCAGUGAUUUCUCUGUGUCUCUGAAGGCAGUGGGUAAGAAUAAGCACUUCAAGGUACAGCUGCAGGAUGGAGUCUACUGCAUUGGUCAGCGGCGCUUCAACACUAUGGAAGAGUUGGUAGAGCACUACAAAAAAGCCCCAAUCUUCACCAGUGAGCAGGGAGACAAACUCUACCUUGUGAAACCUCUCGCCUAAACUGAACUCUGCCUGUCUUCGCACCUCACUCUGUCUUUCUUGCCUUCCCUCCCCUUACCUUUGCUCUCCUCACUUGUCCCCUCUGCCUGUCUUCUUGGACUUUAGUAAAGCCUUGGGGCUGGAGAGCAGGGUCCUCUUUGCGAGCAAAGAGGAGAUUUUGGUUCAAGGCCACAUCCUUCCUAGCUGGACUGGCAAGUAGUAGCUUGAUGCUCUUAAGUUGGAAUAUCCAAAUGGCUGUUAGAUAUCCUUUUUUACAGAGUGAAUUCCGACCUCUGUGGAGGUCGUAGUAAUAAAAAAAAUGGUCUGAUGUCGCCUUCACUAAGUGACCAUUGUUCGUACUCUCUAUGCCUUUGGCUGACAGCUCCUCUGCUCUUACUACAUCUGGUGAAACAGUGUUAGUCCAUGGCUCCAUCCCAUUUGACUCCAGCUUUGACUGUUUCCCUUUAUGCGUUAAUAAAAAUCUCUUUGCCAGAAGCACUUUGGGCCAGCUGUAGUAAAGGGUUAUAUGUUUUUGUGGUUAUAUGUGAUGAAUUGCUCCUGAUUUAGCUUCGCACAUAAAUCAUGUAGCACUUCAUCCUCAUGCGCAUUGUUUUAGGGGUAGUUUAUGAAGUGCAGAAUGGAAUACAGCCCAAAUUGUCUCCACUCAAAAGGCCAGUCUACAGGCCACCUCAGCUUCUCUGCAUGUACCCCCAACUGUGGCCACCUCAGUGUCACUGGACACUGAAAGCUAAACAGACGAGGCUCUUUCAGUUCUGACAUUAGAUAAACUGUUCACUCUCAUCAUCAUGAGACUGUUUCAGCCUUGAAGCUGGUUCCAAUGCUGAAUUCCACUGCUGAAGCCAACUACCGGCCUGUCUUAUUCAGCACAGGCGAUGAAACUUGGUUUCUAAGUUCUUACUGUACUCAGCUCAUCAACUGUUUACCGCGGAGUCAAGUCACUCUUCAGGGUUUCUUCAGGUUCAGGGUACUCAAUUAAAGGGGUACCUGCCUCGGCCAAUGACGGAUUGAAGAAGAGGAGGGGCAUUUCUGUAGCCCAUCCAGGAGUUUGAAUGUGUGUCUCUCUACAACCAAAUGUGCCACCCAUCUCCAGUCCUGCUAUGAUGAGUGUCUUAGAGCUCCUUAUCAACUCAAACACACAACACACACAUUCUCUUCUCCCAAUAACACUCACAGCUAGCUGAUUGUCAACACUAAGAGUAAUAACACAUGAAAUUAUUUGUUCUCUUUUUCCAUAUCUGUCUGUUUACCAAUAAAAGUGUUGAUCAAGGGGUUUCUCAGCUUUUUUUAAAAAAAAAGAUAAAAUGUCUGAAUGUUAUUGAGCAGUUAUUUAAUUCCUUUUUCCACUGUAUGUACAUAUAUAUAUAAAUAUAUUAUGAAAAAAGAAAAGGUGCGUAUAUGAAUUGUUUAGAUCCAGCAUUAUGGUACUGUACUGUACUGAGGACAGUGGUGAGAAUUAAAAUACUUUUGUUCAAUAAAAGUUUUGCAGAAUAAUGGAAAAA